ACUAAAAUAUUUGAUUCGGCUUCGCCCCCCCCUUAAGCAUUUCAACGGCAUUUUAUUUGUAUGUUUGCCAACAGAUGGCGGCAACUUUUGAUGCUUUUUUUUUUUGGCUACUUUCCAAUCGUUAUCAUUAUUAUUUCAGUAUGAUUCAGUCCACAUUGUUUUUCUAGAAAUUAAAGGUGUUGUGUUGAUCACGUAAUUGAACUCGCAUUUUAUUAUCUAAAAAUAGAGCGUAACUUUAAAACUUCUUGAGUGAUAUGACCUGAGAUAUUUGCCGAAAAUAAUAGGGGCCUUUAUAUAUUAAGUUGUGCAGCGGAAUUUAUGUGCAUCAGAUAUAACUGGAGAAAGCAGUCAAUGUUGAACUGAAGAUAAUUAUGGCUUCCACUAGAAGUAAAGUAAUUCACUUAUACAAAAAUCUUUUGUUCCUUGGAAAAGAUUAUCCAAAAGGCUUUGAUUAUUUCAAAGGACGUUUAAAAGAAGCUUUUAUGAAAAACAAAGAUGUUUCUGAUGAUGCUCAAAUAGAGAUUUUAUUAGCUAAAGGCCAGUACGUUAUAAAAGAACUUGAAGCAUUGUAUACAUUAAAGAAAUACAGAACUAUGAAAAAAAGAUAUUAUUCUGAAUAAUGUGUAUUUUGGAUAUACAGUAUUAUAUAUAUAUAUAUUUAUAUGCAAUAUAAAUUGCAUGCUGUACAAAACUAACAUUUGGAACAAAAAUUUGUGUUCACAUGUAUAGUUAAGUAAGAAUAUUAUACUUAAGUGUAUUUAUGUCCAGUAUGAUUUUGUUUUUAUGCGAAAGUAACUAGAUUAAGUACUUAUUGUUUCAUUUCAGUGUGCCUUAAGUUUUUAAAUAUGUAAUUAAGUAAAAUUAAUUUUUUCUUUUACUGUCAACUAUUCAUAAAUGUGAAAUAAAAUCAGAUGCUCAUAUAACUCAUGUAAAAAUGUUCCUGAUGUUGAAAGCAAUUUUAGAAAAUAAAUAUUUUGUAUCUUUUGUAA